AUGCCAGUUUACCAUCUUCUUUUUGUGUGUGUUUCUUUUUCUCUUCCAGUGCCACCUUGGGCCUUAAUAGCCAUAGCCAUAGUUGCAGUCCUAUUAAUCCUUACCUGCUGCUUUUGUCUCUGUAAGAAAUGCUUGUUCAAAAAGAAGAACAAGAAGAAGGGAAAGGAGAAGGGAGGGAAGAAUGCUAUUAACAUGAAAGAUGUUAAAGAUUUAGGGAAAACCAUGAAAGACCAGGCUCUGAAGGAUGAUGAUGCUGAGACUGGACUGACUGAUGGGGAAGAGAAAGAAGAACCCAAAGAAGUGGAGAAACUAGGGAAAAUCCAAUAUUCUUUGGAUUAUGACUUCCAGAACAAUCAGCUUCUGGUUGGGAUUAUUCAAGCAGCUGAGCUGCCUGCAUUAGAUAUGGGUGGUACAUCUGAUCCCUAUGUGAAAGUUUUCCUGCUGCCUGAUAAAAAGAAGAAAUAUGAGACAAAAGUCCACAGAAAGACCCUUAACCCUGUUUUCAAUGAGCAAUUUACAUUCAAGGUGCCAUACUCUGAGCUGGGUGGAAAAACUUUAGUGAUGGCAGUUUAUGACUUCGAUCGCUUCUCCAAACAUGAUAUCAUUGGGGAAUAUAAGGUUGCGAUGAACACAGUGGACUUUGGUCACGUCACUGAGGAGUGGAGGGACUUGCAAAGUGCAGAAAAGGAAGAGCAAGAGAAACUGGGUGAUAUCUGCUUCUCCCUCCGUUAUGUGCCUACUGCUGGCAAACUGACUGUCGUCAUUCUGGAGGCAAAGAACCUGAAGAAGAUGGAUGUCGGUGGACUAUCAGAUCCCUAUGUGAAGAUCCAUCUGAUGCAGAACGGUAAGAGGCUGAAGAAGAAAAAGACUACAAUUAAAAAGAACACUCUGAAUCCCUACUACAAUGAGUCUUUCAGCUUUGAAGUACCAUUCGAGCAAAUUCAGAAAGUGCAAAUUGUUGUGACUGUUUUGGACUAUGACAAGAUUGGCAAGAACGAUGCCAUCGGGAAAGUCUUUGUGGGCUACAACAGCACCGGCGCAGAGCUGCGGCAUUGGUCAGACAUGCUGGCCAACCCUCGGCGGCCCAUCGCACAGUGGCACACUUUACAGCCUGAGGAGGAGGUAGAUGCCAUGCUGGCAGUCAAGAAGUAAAUUAAAUUCAAUUAAAUUAUGAAGAAGAAAAAGAAGAAGAAGAAGAAGAAGCCUUUCUGCAUUUGCCCACAUAGUGCUCUUUAGUCAGUAUCUGUAAAUACCUCAGUAAUAUGGGUCCUUUCAUUUCCAGCCAUGUGUUCCUGACACAGAUCAGUUGUACUUUUAAAUUCCCAUUUUAAUUUGCACAAAUUUAAAUGUAGAGAGCCCUCUAAAGGCGCUUCAUUUCACCACUGCCCCCCCCAGAUCUACUCUUCUUUUAAGCAAUAUGAUGUGUAGAUAGAGCAUGACAGAAAUUAUUUAUUGUAUCACACAGUUGUAUAUAUACACCAGUAUGCUGAGAAUUUAUUUCUAGUUUGUGUAUUUGUAUGUUGUAAGCGUUUCCUAAUCUGUGUAUAUCUAGAUGUUUUUAAUAAGAUGUUCUAUUUUAAAUUAUGUAAAUUGACUGAGAUAUAGGAGAGCUGAUAAUAUAUUAUAGGGUAACUAUUGUAUCGUCUGCAUUCCAGAAAAAAAAAAAAUUCCAACUUGUAAGGCACUAGUAGUGUUACACUGACAUCUUAAAGGACAACUUAAAUCUGAGCUUUCAACCGGACCAUCCUAAUGACACGCUACGCGUCCACAGUGAAUCUUGGAGGGGCAAAUCCAAUUGGGUAGACUUCUUUCACAGGCAACUUAGCAUGAUCUGAGCAGCUCCAUGGCUGACCUCAAGGAGACGUAGCCAGAAGCCAGGAUAUAAUUUUUUUGUAUAUAUUCCAAAGCAAACACAUAACAGACUGAAAUGGCUUUAGAUUGAAAGUUGAGGAAGCAGUUCCAUAGGAGGCAACGCUGUCAGCUAACACACAAAGUAAGAGCGUUGCAGAGGUUGUGCAGGGAGGGGGGGAAGGGAGGGGGGAGACGCAGCAGUAGCGAAAUGCUGCCAUGAAAACAGGAGUAGCUCUCCAUUAUCACCUUUAUACAAAAUUUGCAUACUGUGAAUUCCAUCCACGAUUUCACAUUAUAAUGAGUUUGCACAUUAGACUUUGUAACAAAAUAUUUUAUUAUACUAACUCAGAUUAGAAGGAAUGCAGAAUAUUUUUUAGACACAGCCGUGUGAGUUUAUUAUACAAAAUAGUUUCAUGGUAAACAGACAGUAUUGUAAUCCCAUCAGAAGAUGACAAAAUUUAGCCAUAGUUCUAAAUGCACUUCAAAGUAAGCCAAAAGAGAACAGCUAGUGACCUUUUAUAUACUAUUUAUACUUAAGUUUUAAUUUGUCCUUU